AUGCCCUUCGGCUUAAAAAAUGCGGGGGCCACAUAUCAGAGGCUAGUGAACAAGAUUUUUAAAGAACAGCUCGGAAAGACAAUGGAAGCUUACGUGGACGAUAUGUUGGUGAAGAGCAUGGAAGCAGGGCAACAUUGUAAGGACCUGAGGGAAACGUUCGAGCUCCUCCGUCGCUACCACAUGAGGUUGAAUCCCUCAAAGUGUGUGUUCGGCGUUUCUGCAAGUAAAUUCCUGGGCUUUAUGGUGACUCACAGAGGUAUAGAAGCAAAUCCAGAUAAAAUACGAGCGCUGCUGGAGAUGGAAGCUCCAAGGACUAAAAAGGAGAUACAACUGGUGGUAGAGCAACUCAAAGGAGAAUUCGAAGCUAGAGAUCCAAGAAUGAAGAAAUAUCUCUCCAAGACAAGAGAAUACAUAGAGGCAUUCGUCCAGUUCGACAUAGAACAUGUACCGAGAGCAGAAAAUAAAAAGGCGGACGCACUAGCGAAAUUAGCCUCGGCAACCGGUUCGGAAUGGAAAGACACUAUCUAUCUUGAACGCAUAGGAAAGCCCUCAUACGAGGAGGACAGAAUUAACUCAUUGGCGUCCGAAUUCAGCAAGGACAACUGGAGAGCGUCCUUAUUCCUGUACCUCCAGGACGGAUCCUUACCAAGAGAUAAUAAGGAGGCUCAAAAGGUAAGGAGGAAAGCGGCAAGAUAUACGUUGAUGGGCCGGGAGCUCUACAGGCGAUCCCUUACACUGCCCUACCUCCGAUGUUUAAGCAAAGACGAAGGGGAAUACAUACUAUGA